UUGCCACCGGCUCACCGAAUCACAAGCUUGACUGCCUCUUUCUCUACGGUUUUGCUGAACUUGUCAAGCCUGGGUGGUCCGUCACAAUCACUUAAAGAACGAGCCAUUGAAGCCUAGCCUGAUCCACUCUCUUGCGUUUUCUAUUCCAAGCAUCUUGUUCCACGAAUUCAAGAAAGGGCGAGCAGCCAAAGGCCACCCAGAUCCAUCCAUGGCGACACCGACCGUCGUCUUGCUGCCCGUGUGGGGCACCGGCCAUCUCAUGUCCAUGCUGGAAGCCGGAAAGCGGCUGCUCCGCCGCAGGGGCCGCGCGCUCUCGCUCACCGUGCUGGUCAUGCGGCCGCCGACAGAGCAGCUCGCAUCGGAGGUUGCCGGACACAUAAGCCGGGAGGAGGCCUCCGGCCUCGACAUAUGCUUCAUCCAGCUCCCCGCCGUCGCGCCCCCGGUGGACCACGUGGGCAUCGAGGAGUUCGUCUCCCGUUUCGUGCUGCUGCACGCGCCCCACGUCAGGGCGGCCAUCUCCGGCCUGGCGUGCCCGGUAGCCGCGCUCGUCAUCGACUUCUUCUGCACCACGCUGCUCGACGUGUCCCGCGAGCUCGCCGUGCCGGCGUAUGUAUACUUCACCUCCAACGCCGCGAUGCUCGCGCUCUUCCUGCACUUGCCGGUGCUCCACGAGGAGGUGACGGUCGAGUUCGAGGAGAUGGAGGGCAUGGUGGACGUGCCCGGUCUGCCGCCGGUGCCGCCGUCGUCCCUUCCGUUGCCGCUGAUGGACAAGAAGAACCCGAAUUACACGUGGUUCGUGUACCACGGCAGGCGUUUCAUGGAGACCGACGGCAUCAUCGUUAACACGGCUGCCGAGCUCGAGCAGAGGGUCAUUGCUGCCAUCGCCGACGGCCGGUGCACACACGGAGUCCGUGCCCCGACGAUCUAUCCAAUAGGGCCGGUAAUCUCGUUCAACCCGCCCACUAAUCAGCCGCACGAGUGCGUGCGGUGGCUUGGGACACAGCCUCCGGCCUCCGUGGUGCUCCUCUGCUUCGGGAGCGGUGGGUUCUUCACUGCGCCGCAGGCGCACGAGAUAGCCCGCGGCCUGGAGCAUAGCGGGCACCGCUUCCUCUGGGUGCUGCGCGGCCCGCCAGUACCGGGCGGGCGGAAACCCACGGACGCUAACCUCGAGGAGCUGCUCCCCGAUGGCUUCCUUGAGAGGACCAAGGACAAAGGCCUCGUGUGGCCGACGAUUGCGCCGCAGAAGGAGAUACUCGCCCACAGCGCCGUGGGGGGUUUCGUGACGCACGGCGGGUGGAACUCGGUCCUCGAGAGCCUGUGGUUCGGCGUGCCGAUGGCGCCGUGGCCGCUCUACGCCGAGCAGCACCUGAACGCGUUCGUGCUGGUGGCCGGCAUGGGCGUAGCCGUGGCGAUGAAGGUGGACAGGAAGCGGAAAAACUUCGUGGAGGCGGCGGAGCUGGAGCGAGUGGUGAAGACACUGAUGGGCGGUGGGGAGGAGGGAUGGAAGGCGAGGGAGAAGGCCAUGGAGAUGAAGGCCGCGUGCCGGAUGGCUGUGGAGGAGGGUGGUUCAUCUUACUGUGCGCUGCAGAGGCUCUCCGAGGAGCUGUACAAAGGCGCGGCGGUGGAGGUGAAGAAGUGAGGCCGAGAAGCAGUUCCACCUCUGUUACGUGUUCUUCAUAGUGUCAUCGUGCUUUGGCAAUGCACCUUGGGUGCUCUGUUUCCUGUUCUACAUGUCUGUGGCAAGUGUAUAAUCUCCGUGGCAAGUUGGACAACGCAUGCCAGUACCAAAUAAUGCCUAUAAAAGUUAUCAAGGCUUUUAAA